CAAGAUAAUUAACCGAACCGGCGAUGGCCUUAAUACCGAGCAUCGUCGGCGAACAACGACGAAACAACGUCUUCGAUCCCUUCUCUCAAGACGACUGGGAUUCCUUUGAUAUAGGUUUCCCUUUCCCCAACGCACUCUCCAAUUCCUCUUCCUCCCGGGAUAACUCUGACUUCGCCAGCGCUAAAAUCGACUGGAAGGAGACGCCGAAGGCUCACGUCUUUACGGCGGACUUACCUGGGUUGAAGAAAGAGGAGAUCAAUGUGGAAGUUGAGGAAGGACAGAUCAUUCAUAUCAGCGGAGAGAGGUGCAAAGAAAAGGAAGAUAAGAACGAUAAGUGGCAUCGCCUAGAACGGAGGAGCAGUGGAAAGUUCCAGCGACGGUUUAUGUUGCCGGAGAAUGCGAAGACGGAACAGAUAAAGGUGAGUUUGGAGAACGGCGUUCUGACUGUGACAGUUCUCAAGGAGCCGGAGGUCCAAUUGAAAAUUAUAAUAAAGUUUGGGACUAGAGAGCUAAGAGAGGAUAUCAAGACUUCAUUUUUCUGGCUAGAACCAGAUUCAUCAUAAGUCACCACUCAAAGGUUCACAGCUACAGAGGCGAU